AACGUGGCAGCCUGAAGGGGCUGCCGCAAAAGCGCUUCCCGGGCUUGUCCCGCCCCCGCCAUUUUAGAUUCUGGAGCCGGCGAGAGCUCACUAUCGAGACAGGCUGUCAGCCACUGGGAAGGAGCGCCGCCGCUGCCGGGCCUGAAAGGCCACCGCCCCCUCCUCCGCCACUGCCGCAGUUUUUCCCAGCUGUGUGUCUCUGAAGAAAAAUGAUGGAGGAGAGUGGUAUAGAGACCACUCCACCCGGAACCCCUCCACCAAGUACCGUGGGGGCUGCUGCUGUCACCCCAGCCCCCAUCUCAUUAGCUACUUCACUCCCUCCUCCAAACUUGUCUUCUCCCUCAUCUUUUCCUCCCCAAACAUUCUCCCCACCUUUACAAUCCACAAUGUCAUCACUUCCAUCUAUGGUAUCUCCAGCCCCUCUGCCUUUUGUGCCUUCUGCACCAGUUUCAACUGGUACUCCCCUUACUAUUCAUAAUCUACCCUCUGGAACCCCUCCAAUCACAUCAGCUUUUGGUAGUUCCAUUUCCCACUUCACACCACCACCACCACCAUUAAGUUCUACUCCUGGCCUUGCGCUUUCUGCACCCCCUACUGGUCCCCCCAUUUCAGGUUUUUCUGUUGGUUCCACCUAUGACAUUACCAAAGGUCACGCUGGACGAGCUCCACAAACGCCACUGAUGCCAUCAUUUUCAGCACCUCCAGUCACAGGUGCCAUGGCAAACUCUGUGACACAGCAGACGUCCACUCCACCAUCAUUAGCAUCUGGCUCUGGAACCGGCUCCGCAAUUACCUUCCCAGAGGAACGCGAAGACCCCAGGGUAGCUGGCAUGCCCAUGGAAACAUCGGCUGGAGGACUAUGGGGCUUCAUAAAAGGUGUAGCUGGAAAUCCUGUGGUGAAAUCAGUACUUGAUAAAACCAAACAUUCUGUAGAGAGCAUGAUCACAACACUGGAUCCUGGCAUGGCUCCUUAUAUCAAAUCAGGAGGAGAGUUAGACAUUGUUGUCACUUCUGCAAAAGAGGUCAAAGUUGCAGCUGUAAGAGAUGCUUUUCAAGAAGUUUUUGGAAUGGCCACAGUUACAGGAGAAGCCGGACAGUCCAACAUUGCACCGCAACCUGUUGGCUAUGCAGCUGGGUUGAAAGGAGCACAAGAACGAAUUGACAGCUUGCGCAGGACAGGAGUGAUUCACGAGAAACAGCCUGCUGUAUCUGUUGAAAAUUUUAUUGCCGAACUGCUUCCUGACAAGUGGUUUGACAUUGGUUGUCUAAUCGUAGAGGACCCAAUACAUGGUAUUCAUCUUGAAACAUUUACACAAGCAACACCAGUGCCUCUGGAAUAUGUACAGCAGGCUCAAAGUCUAACUCCUCAGGAUUAUAACCUAAGAUGGUCAGGAUUACUGGUGACGGUGGGUGAAGUGCUAGAAAGGAACUUGCUGCAUGUCAACAGGACAGACUGGCAUGUUGCAUUCACUGGCAUGUCCCGUCGACAGAUGAUCUAUAGUGCAGCCAAAGCUAUAGCAGGAAUGUACAAACAACGUUUGCCACCGAGGACCAUUUGAAAGAGGGUGGGGGGGGGGAAACCCCUCUGAAUAUUGAAGAAGAAUAAUUCCUCAGAUAGGUUUUGAAAGAAACUAUUUUGUCCUCUGCUAUUCAGCAGUCCUCUACAGAUGCACCUCAGCUUUGUACUUUACAUAUAUAAACUGUAAAAAAAAAUUGUUUCAUUUUAAAAAGUGAAGGUAUCCUUUGGAAAAUGAAAGUGAAAAAUUCUCAAUCCAUUCACAUGACUAACAGUGCAAUCCUAAAUCGAGUUACAUCUUUCUAAGCCCAUUGAAGUCAGUAGGCUUAUAAGGGUGCAACUCUGCAUAGGAUUGCACUAUAAAUAACUUCCCAAACAUAGGGAAGAACCAGCAGGCAUUUUAUAGCAGAGCCAAAGAACACUAUGUAUGAAAAUAAAAUCAAUGAGAUGCAUUUAAACACUAAAAUAUGUGUGAUGAUACAUUGUGUUUGUUUUAUAAGAAGGGUAUUAGUGUGUAAUUAUUGCUAUGGUAAUACCCAAUCAGAAUAAGUGUGGAAUGCAAAAAUAACCAAUCUCUUGUAUUUUGCAGUACUUGGCAAGAUGUAUGCAGAUGUAUACAUUGAUUAUUGGACUUCCAGCAAGAAGUUUCUCUUUACAGACACCUAUUUUAGCACCAGCAUGUUAAGAAUCAUGCAAAUUGAAUUUAAAAUUUAUUUCUCUGCCAAGGAACAUAUCCCAAACCAGUUAAUUAAAUAUCUGCAGUGAAAUGAAUCCCCACUCCUAUUGUUAUAACGAUUCUUAAAUUAUUUUGGCACAUGUCAUAAGAUACUGGGCAUUACUAUAUUGCUGUUGAAUAGGUUAAAUGCUAGGGCUGAAGUACAGAAUAAGCUUAUGCUUAUUCUAUCUUCAGGGUAUAAGAAGAAAUGCUACCUUUAAAAAAAAUUGCUCUCAAAUAUCUUUUUAGGCUAGUGACCUUUGAAAUUGAUGGGAUAACAGUGAGACUUAAGUUUCUGUAUAAUUAAUUCACCCAUGUUUGUCUGGUAGCUGCUUGAUCAAGAACUGUCACAGGCUCUUGUUGGUACAUGAGUAUUGACAGCAGAUUAAUCUAGUUAAUUACAUUUUUGAAGCGUGGUAGACCCUUGCCAUUUUAAGUGUUGAUUAUUUGUCCACCGCAAAUAUGACCUCAUAUUCUGUGUUCUGUCUCAGUCUAAUUCUGCUCUGAUUUGUAAAACUGUUUAUGGAAGAGAGUAUUUUGAUAUCCUUGUAUUUUUUACAAAGUUCUCUCCUUCUGCCUUACAUACGCUCUUCCUCGUUGAUACUAAGCUUUAUCUUUUAUAGCAACUUCACAAAGUAAUUUUAUACAAAAUACUCUUGUUAGCCAGUUCCUUGUAUUUCUAUCUGUUACAAUAAUCGUUUUUCCAAGUAAUAUAUUUUGCCAUUAUUUGCUAAAAUUGUAAAUCAAGAUUAAAUACAUUUUGUUCCUAUAGGAUUGUAAUUUCUUUUUCUUUAAACUGUUUUGUUUUAUAGUGAUUUUAUUGUUGGGCCUUCUAAUAGACUUUGUAGACUUUUAAUAGACUUUUUAAAAAUUGCAUAAGUACAGCCAUAGCUAAAUUCUAAGAGCUUUGUUUGCUUCUGGAAAGAGGAAUUAUUUUGGCAUAAGGAAGAGGUAUGCACUAAAAAUUGAUUAUCAGGAAGAUCACCACCCUCUCUACCAGUCUGGUCUUCAGAUCCAGUUGGGGAUUCCAAAAUUAACUGGGUCCAUUAUUCCCUAUGGGGAAUCUUUCUGGAGGGCUGAAGUGGUUAUUUCUCAUGUAAAUUACACCAAAAUUGCAGCACAGCAGCUGCUGCCUGUCCACUAUAGAACCCCCAAGUUUCAAGUAGAUUGGGUUAUGGGGUCCAGUUUUAUGGAGCCCUGAGAAAGAUAUCCCCAGGUACUUUUCAUUGUUUUCUGUAAGGGGAGGAAAGCCAGUGUUUUAGCGAACAUUAGCCAAACACACAAAAGCAACCACGGUCUAAAAGCCUCCCAACGCAAAAAGAGCCAAUAAAACCUAAUAGAACUAUACAAUUCCAGCAGAACCAGCUUGCAGCAGGCAGAGGUAUGGCUCGGGCAGACCAGAGCAGCCAAAAGCACACUGUGACAGACAGUACAUUUUACAAAGCCUGGAAGUGCUAUACACACACAGCUGCAGGACUGUUAAGAGUUAAUCUCUUACAGAAUCAGAGCUUUGAGUGGCAGUCUACUCCAAGACAUCUGAUAGGGUAGCAUGAGCUGGAGAGAAGAGGGUCUGUUUUCAGUCCUAGCAGAGAGUGGCAUCUAGUGUGUGAAGGACUGGGAGAUGAAGUCUUAACAGAGAGAGCAAACGGGGGAAAGUUGGCAAGGAGGUUUGGGAAGUAGGUGUAGACUCCCAUAUAGUCCAAAGAAAGGGAUAGAUCUUCUAAGGAAAGGAUAUUUUUCCCUACCCAGUCAAACGGAGGUAGCUCUGAAGAGAAGAGAUCCCUGGCCUGUGGUGACCUUCAGAGUCCGUUAAAGACUGAAGGAAAGCACUGGUGUUUGGAGAGAAGGGGAGUGGGGUACUAGAAAGUGAGUACCAGCAUUCCUAAUUCCAAAAGUGACAAAGAAUACUAAAAGAAAAUAUAUUAGAGCGUUUGGGGAAAAUCAAGGGAAGAAAAACCUCAAAACAUAAGCUUUUAAGUAUCUGUGGGGAGCAUAAGAACUGAAAUCUAUGUAUGUUCUGAUUUACCUCAUAAAUGUUAUAUGUUGAAUUAC